AUGGCCGAGCACCUGGAGCUGCUGGCAGAGAUGCCCAUGGUGGGCCGGAUGAGUGCCCAGGAGCGGCUGAAGCAUGCCCAAAAGCGGCGUGCCCAGCAAGUGCGUCUGUGGGCCCAGGCCCAGAAGGACAGGAAGGGUCCCAGAGAGCGGCCAAGGCGGGGUGCAGAUGGUGGCCGGCCAGAGAAGCGGGUUCUCUUCCCUCCUGGUGUGGCUCUCCUGGAGGCUGCUGCCCGCAACGACCUGGAGGAAGUCCACCAGUUCCUUGAGAGUGGGAUCAGCCCCGACCUGGCCAAUGAAGAUGGCCUAACGGCGCUGCACCAGUGCUGUAUUGACGACUUCCGGGAGAUGGCGCAGCAACUUCUGGAGGCUGGGGCCAAUGUCAAUGCGUGUGACAGCGAGUCCUGGACGCCCCUGCAUGCUGCGGCCACCUGUGGUCACCUGCACCUGGUGGAGCUGCUCAUUGCCCGUGGUGCGGACCUCCUGGCGGUCAACACUGAUGGGAAUAUGCCCUAUGACUUGUGUGAGGAUGAGCAGACGCUGGACUGCCUCGAGACAGCCAUGGCUGACCACGGCAUUACCCAGGAUAGCAUCGAGAGCGCCCGAGCCGUGCCAGAGCUGCGGAUGCUGGAGGACAUUCAGAGCUUGCUACUCCUGGGGGCUGACCUUGAUGCUGCCGGGGACCAUGGGGCCACGCUGCUACACAUCGCUUCUGCCAACGGGUUUGGUGAGGCCGCCGCAUUGCUGUUGGAGCACCGGGCCAGCCUGAGCGCCAAAGACCAUGACGGCUGGGAACCGCUGCAUGCGGCGGCCUACUGGGGUCAGGUGCACCUGGUGGAGCUGCUCGUGGCACAUGGGGCCGACCUGAAUGGGAAAUCUCUGAUGGACGAGACCCCUCUUGACUUGUGCGGGGACGAGGAGGUGCGGGCCAAGUUGCUGGAGCUGAAGCACAAGCGGGACGCCCUCCUGCGGGCCCAGGGCCGCCAGCGCUCCCUGCUACGCCGCCGGACCUCCAGUGCUGGGAGCCGCGGGAAGGUGGUGAGGCGGGCCAGCCUGACCCAGCGUUCCAGCCUAUACCGCAAGGAGCACGUUCAGGAGGCCAUAGUGUGGCGGCAGCAGCCUCCGCCCACUAGCCCAGAGCCCCCAGAGGAGGAUGAAGACCGCCAAACAGAUGCGGAGCUCCAGCCACUGCCUCCUGCAGAGGAGGACCCUGAGACUAUCCGCCCACACAAUGGCCGAGUGGGGAGCCCCCUGGGGCCGCGCCUCUACUCCAAGCGGUUGGACCGCAGUGUCUCCUAUCAGUUGAACCCUUUGGACAGCUCCACGUCCGAAGCUCUCGGGCGGGACAAGGCCCACCACACCCUGGCAGAGCUGAAGCGGCAGAGAGCCGCUGCCAAACUACAGCGCUCCCCACCAGAGGGCCCUGAUGCCCCCGAUUCUGGCAUGCUUGUGGACACCCAGAUCUCACAGUCCGCUGAACGCUGCGCCAUGGCUAGCGGGGACCCACCCCUCCUCAAGCUGACAGCUCCCUUGGAGGAGGCCUCUGGGGAGAAGAAGCCUUGCUGUCUGCUCAUGUGA